CCAGUCGCCAUCACAAUUCACAUCGGGUCGAGUUGCCGCCACGGGUGCCUGUGCCGCGCGCUAUCGUUCUAUAAACUGACACGUUUACUAUUUCGCAUCUCGCCGCGCUCCACUACGCGGAAACUAUCACUUUCGCUACAGUUACGAUCACAUUUUAACUAUGAUAACACUGUGAAUUUUACACCAAACACUCUGAGAGUACCACACCACGGCGGCUUUACAAGAGCUCAAGAUGCCCCAAUGGGCGAGCAGCGAGGGCGGAAGCACGGAGGCGGCGUCUCCAAACCAAAUGAUCCUGUACUAUGAAAACCAAGCCUCAGAGUAUUAUGAUAACAAAACAGAAGACACUGAUGCCAAAAUAGAGGAAGCUGGAGAUUUCUACGAUAGCGGCAGCGGGAGUGACGAGCAAGUGACACGGCGGGUGUGCCGGCCGCGGCGGACGGCGGCCAGCUCGUCGUCCUCUGGCACCAGCUCCAGCGGCCCGGGGCGGCGCAGACGCUGCGGCAUUUCCGCCAGGGAACGAAACUUACGAAGACUGGAGAGCAAUGAACGCGAACGCAUGCGGAUGCAUUCGCUAAACCGCGCGUUCGAAGAUCUUCGUCGUGUCAUUCCACACGUGAAAAAGGAUAACCGAAGUCUAUCCAAGAUAGAAACUUUAACUCUUGCCAAAAACUAUGUAAAAGCCCUCACUAACGCAAUAUGCACAAUGAGAGGAGAAGUUCCUCGUUACCAAUUUAACAGUGAUGAUGAAAACGUAGAACCGGUGUUUGUUAUAACUAGAGAUCAGGAACAAAACAAUAACGAGCAAAUUGAUGAAGAAACAGAAGAUUUAACGCCAAACUUAUGUCAAUGAAGAGAUGGUAGACGUGAUUGCGUCUAGGAUACUACGCUACGAUGCUACUACAUCCAAAUAAUGAUAAAUACAAACAAAAUUUGUGAAGUGUACCCAUGUAAAGAGUAGCGAAGUAUUCUUUUUAACAAGCAAGAGAGUACUAGAUUUUACGAUAACCUGGCAACGUAUGGACACCGAGAACAAAUACCAACCCUUAUAUAAAUCUUUGCCUAGUCAUAGAUGUACUAGAGUACUAUAAAUGACUAUUUGUACAAACGUAGAUACGUCGAAUAUUGUUGUGACUGAAAAUCAAAUGUAUGAAAUGAGUUAUAUAGAAAUCAAUUAGAUUUAUUUAUUGCAAGCACAAACAUCGCAAAUCAGGGUUCAAUAUGUCUCUCUGUAUUAAAAUGAUUUUUGUUUUAUUUUAUUGAGCUGUAUUUGGUGCUAUAUAAUAACUUUCAAAAUCGUAUAGAUACAGAUGUUCGUACCUACUAAAUACUACCAUAGUGGAAACAGUUGAGAUGAAGUAGAGCUACUUUUUAUUGAGGUAGAGCUGAAAAAAAUAUUUUAAAAUGUACUAAGUACCUAGUUACAUGUUUUCCUAUAUACUUUCUAAAAAGAAACCUACAAGUAAUGACAGAAUUGUAAAUCUAUUAUGUAAUGACUAAUCGUAUCAAGGUAAUUAAUAAAGUAUAUUGCAUAUUGUACCUUCAUUUUGAAAAGUACAUCUACGAAAUACUUAACAACUCAAUUUGUUUAUUGAAUACGUUACAUCUUGGUUACAUCUGUAUUUUUUAAUUACUUAAGUCCUAACAGAUUUUGUGCUAAAUCCCUUUAUGAUUUUAAUAUUUUUGUAAUAUUGUACACGUACCUUACUAAAGGCUCCUGAACGAUAUUUUUCAAAAUGCAAUUAAUCGCGGUACUCAUUGAAUUCGAUCUCCUUAGUGCCAAUUAGUUUGUAGUCUUUGUACUAUUACAGACAACGAUUACAUUCCAACGCUGUAAAACGUAUUUAAAAGUCAAUUUUUGUUAGAACAUAAUAAUAAAUUAUGCAUUAACUAUGCAUAUGAAUGAAAAAUAUAUUUUACUAUUUAUAUACUUAACCUAAUUAAAAUUAUAUUAAGUGUUGUAAGUUGAAUGUUAUAAUAUAUAGUGCUUCAAUGUUUAAAUUCGUUUUUAUGAUAUCAAAUAUUUUUAUGUAAUGAAAUCUCAAUUAAAGUUACCAUUAUCUAAGUUACCUACAUAAAUAAGUCCAAGAAGAUGGCAUUACGAUUAUGAAUCUGCUGAUUUUGCAUUUUGCCUACAAAAUAAUAUGUUUUAAAUGUUGUAUGUAGAUAUUGUGAUUUAAAUUAAGAAUAUGAAUGUAUUUUACCUUAGAUGUAAGGACGACUCGGCACAUUCCGAAACAUAUUUUAAUGAAUUAAAAUUUAAGAAGCAGA